AUAGUUCUUCUGUUGAACCAAUCACAAACACAUCACAAUGAACACUUUCUUCUCUGUAGCCCUCUUCGCUUUCUUGGCUGUAGCCAAUGCCGGAGUUCUUGUAGCUCCUUCUGCCAAAAUCAUCCAAGGACCCAGCAGCAGAUCCACUGUGGUCGGACCUGACGGUAGCGCCAUCUCUUCUGUAGCACCCGCCGGCCAAAUCAUCCAAGAAGAAAGCGUAGGAGUUGUAGCCGAAACCGCACCUGUAGUGGCCGCCCCUGCUGUUGCCUACUCUGCUCCCGCUCUAGCCGCUUACCAUGCCCCAGCCGUUGUAGCUGCCCGAUCCGUAGUCGCUCCAGCAGUCUCUGCCUAUGCCGCUCCAGUUGUAUCAGCUUACUCAGCGUACUCAGCUCCAGUAGUAUCAGCCUAUUCUGCUCCUCUGGUGUCUGGUAUAGACACUGUUGUUUCUGGACCAUCUGGCAGCAUUGUUGCUGGUAGAAGUUUUGCUGCUCCCGUAGUUUCUGCUUGGUAAUGAGGACAAGGUGCUGUGAUGAAAUUUAAUUUAUAAACCGAAGAAUUAUAAGCAUAAUUUUGAAUUGAGAAAAUGUAUA